AUGGCUGCUCUUCUUAGCAACUCAGCUCGCGUUGCCCUUCGCUCGGGAGCUUCGGCUACCUCCAAGGCCGGAGCUGCGGGCUUGACCUUUGCCCGUGGCAAGGCUACUCUGCCUGACCUUUCCUACGACUAUGGCGCCCUGGAGCCCUCUAUCUCCGGCAAGAUCAUGGAGAUUCACCACAAGAACCACCACAACACUUAUGUGACCAACUACAACAACUCCAUUGAGCAGCUCCAGGAGGCCCAGGCUCAGGGUAACAUUGCUGCCCAGAUCGCCCUCAAGCCCGCGAUCAACUUCAACGGCGGUGGCCACCUCAACCACACUCUCUUCUGGGAGAACCUUGCCCCCAAGAGUGCCGGCGGCGGUGAGCCUCCUUCCGGUAACCUGUCUAAGGCUAUCGACUCUACCUACGGCAGCUUCAACGAGUUCCAGUCCAAGAUGAACGCUGCUCUUGCCAGCAUCCAGGGCAGCGGCUGGGCUUGGCUCGUGAAGGACAAGCAGACUGGCCAAAUUGGCAUCCGCACCUACGCUAACCAAGACCCUGUUGUUGGCCAGUUCGAGCCUUUGCUCGGCAUUGACGCCUGGGAGCACGCCUACUACCUCCAAUACCAGAACCGCAAGGUCGAGUACUUCUCCGCCAUUUGGGAUGUCAUCAACUGGAAGGCUGUUGAGAAGCGCUUUGCUUAA